AUGGUUCUCGGGCUAGGCAAGACACGAAGUCGCCGUCAUCCAGGCGGCACUACCGUGACAACCACUACCACAACGACACACCACCCCGCUGGCACUGGCGCUGGCGGCGUAGCUAGAAAGCCUACGCUCAUGCAGCGGCUGAGGGGAAGAACCACCCCUCGCAGCACCGCAGCCACCGGCCGCGCUCCUCGUCGUACUCGACGCGCACGUGCCGCCGCCCCAGCUACACACCACAAACGCAAGACCAGCAUCGGCGACAAGGUCUCAGGAGCAAUGCUCAAGCUCAAGGGCACCGUCACUCACCGCCCUGGUGAGAAAGCCGCAGGGACUAGACGUAUGCAUGGGACCGACGGCAGGGGGAGUCGACGACGAUACUACUAG